AUGAGCAGGAGAAAGUUGUACUCGAGCACAUUCACAUUGUUCAUUUUCAUUAUCGUUAUCCUCCCAUUGAGCUUUCCACAGUUUGGUUCCGUCCGGUUUGUGCAAUGCCAAGCUAAUGAUUUUACUCCACCCCAACUGCAAAAUCCCACAUAUAAUGACUACAUCACUAGAGCAGUGUACGACAGACUCUCCAAUCUUACCUCUGUUAUUCUCACCAGUGAAAUCGUCCAAGAUUCCAGCUUUUGCAUUGCAGACCCGGAAGCUGAAUGGAAUACAGCAUUUAAUUAUUCUACCAAUCUGGAUUUCUUGUCUGCUUGCUUGGCCAAAAAUAGAGAUAUUACAAGACGAUUUUGUACAGCUGCAGAAAUAAAAUUUUACUUCAGUAACUUGAUGAGUGACAGGCGUCACCUUAAGCCUAACAAGAAUUGCAAUUUAAGUUCUUGGCUAUCCGGCUGUGAGCCAGGAUGGGCAUGUAGUACUGACUCUGAAGAGCCAGUUGACCUAAAAAGUUCUCAGGAAAUACCUGGAAGAGGAUCUGAUUGCCAAUCGUGUUGUGAGGGAUUCUUCUGCCCGCGUGGUAUUACUUGCAUGAUACCUUGUCCAUUAGGUUCCUAUUGCCCCCGUUCGACCCUCAAUAACUCUACAGGCACAUGUGAACCAUAUGCUUACCAGCUACCUGUGGCGAAUCCAAAUCAUACUUGUGGCGGUGCAGAUAUUUGGACAGAUAUCGGCACUAGCAGUGAUGUAUUCUGUUCUGCGGGAUCCUAUUGUCCAGCAACUACACAUAGAAUUCCUUGCAGCAGUGGGAAUUACUGUCCCAUGGGUUCUACAGAUGAGAAACGAUGCUUCAAGUUGACUACAUGCAAUUCCAACACUGCAAGUCAAAAUAUUCACGCAUAUGGAGUUCUGCUUAUCGCAGCAUUAAGUACUCUUUUGCUCAUUAUUUAUAACUGCUCUGAUCAAAUUAUUACCACUCGGGAAAGAAGAUAUGCCAAAUAUAGGGAAGCCGCUGCAAGAACAGUAAGGGAGAAGACACAAGCACGUGCAAGGUGGAAAGCUGCAAAAGAUGCUGCUAAGAAGCAUGUUGUUGAGUUACAGGCACAGUUUUCUGGCAAAUUUUCUAAGAAGACUCCUGCAAAUCCUGAACAAGUUAAGAUUUUGAAUCAAACAGAAACUGAAACAGAUGACUUCCAUGCAUCUAUGUCAGCCGGUGCUCCAUUUACUGCACCGGGAGGAAAUAAAACAGAGCAUGCGCAUCAUACGCACAUGAUACAUGAAAUGGAAGAUGCCUCUAGUAGUUUUGAGGUUUUUGAUUCAGAGUCUCGAAAUAACAAUAUUAAAAAGAAAAUCCCAAAAGAAGAACAAAUUCAUACUCAUAGUCAGAUUUUCAAGUAUGCAUACUCACAACUCGAGAAAGAGAAAGCUCAGCAGCAGCAGAACAAGAACCUUACCUUCUCGGGAGUAAUUUCAAUGGCUAUGAACGACGACACCAGGAAAAGGCCGCUAAUUGAGAUUGCUUUUAGAGACCUAACUGUUUCUUUAAAAGGCAAAAAUAAAAAUCUUUUGAGGUCCGUAACUGGGAAGAUACGUCCUGGCCGUAUUACUGCUGUGAUGGGCCCAUCAGGAGCUGGAAAAACAACUUUUCUUUCUGCUUUGGCUGGGAAAACGGUUGGAUGCAUGGUGACUGGCACGAUUCUUGUGAAUGGGAAGUCAGUAUCUAUCCACUCGUACAGAAGAAUUGUUGGUUUUGUCCCGCAAGAUGAUAUUGUGCAUGGAAAUUUAACCGUGGAGGAGAAUUUAUGGUUUAGUGCAAGGUGCAGACUAUCUGCAGAUUUACAAAAGGCAGACAAGGUUCUUAUUGUUGAACGAAUCAUAGAUUCCUUGGGGUUACAAGCAGUGCGCGGUUCCUUAGUUGGAACAGUGGAGAAACGAGGAAUCUCUGGAGGUCAAAGGAAACGUGUAAAUGUUGGCGUGGAGUUGGUAAUGGAACCAUCAGUACUGUUCUUAGACGAACCUACAUCUGGGUUGGACAGCUCAUCUUCACAGCUACUUCUCAGAGCACUUCGACGAGAAGCACUCGAGGGGGUAAAUAUCUGUAUGGUUGUCCACCAACCAAGCUACACAUUGUUCCAGAUGUUUGAUGAUUUGGUACUUCUAGCAAAAGGAGGCCUUACUGUCUAUCAUGGGCCAGUGAGAAAAGUUGAAGAAUAUUUCACAGGUCUUGGCAUCAAUGUCCCAGAUCGUGUUAAUCCUCCAGAUUACUUUAUUGACAUUUUGGAGGGGAUGAUUAAAACAAGUUCAAGCUCGAGUGUGAGUUAUAGGGAACUUCCUGUUAGAUGGAUGCUUCAUAAUGGUUAUCCUAUACCCCUGGAUAUGAGGAAUAAUAUGGCUGAACUUCCAAUAUCCCCAGCAAAGAUAAAUCUAGGAGAUGAUACACACUUUCCUGGUUCUGUUACUGAGGAACAAUCUUUUGCCGGGGAAGUAUGGCAGGAUAUGAAAUGCAAUGUGGAGAGGAAGCGCGAUAUGAUACGACACAACUUUUUGAGAUCAACUGACUUGUCCAACCGGAGAACCCCGAAUGCCAUCCUACAAUAUAAGUACUUCCUUGGGAGGGUGGGUAAACAACGAUUACGUGAAGCUAGAGUGCAAGUAAUAGAUUAUCUUAUUCUUUUACUUGCUGGCGCGAGCUUGGGAUCACUUACCAAAGCGAGUGAUGCAACCUUUGGUUAUGCUGCUUACACGUACACAAUUAUUGCUGUCUCUCUGUUGUGCAAGAUUGCAGCUUUAAGGUCAUUUUCUCUCGACAAGUUACAAUAUUGGAGAGAGAGUGCUUCUGGCAUUAGCAGUCUGGCACAUUUUGUUUCCAAGGACACAAUUGACCACUUCAAUACAGUGAUAAAGCCUGUGGUGUAUUUGUCGAUGUUUUAUUUCUUCAGCAACCCAAGAUCUUCCUUUGCAGCUAAUUAUGUCGUCUUGCUCUGUCUCGUAUAUUGUGUGACCGGUGUAGCUUAUGUUUUGGCCAUCUUUCUUGAUCCGGGUCCAUCCCAGCUGUGCUCGGUACUACUGCCCGUGGUUUUGACUCUCAUUGCAACUCAGAUGAAUGCUACGGAAUAUGUGAAGAUUAUAGGGAACUUGUGCUAUCCAAAGUGGGCCUUAGAAGCAUUUGUUAUUGCAAAUGCAGAGAGGUACUAUGGCGUGUGGCUCAUUACGCGUUGUGGUGCACUCCAGAAAUACGGGUAUAAUGUACACGAUUGGGGGCUUCGUAUAGCUCUGCUAAUCCUUGCUGGUGUAGGUUGCCGUGCUAUAGCUUUCGUUGGUAUGUUGACUUUCCAAAAGAAGUGA